AUGGUCGACUAUUCUAAAAAGACGGUGGUCGAGCUGAUAGAGAUCCUAAAGUCGCGGAGCCUACCACAUUCAGGAAAGAAGGCAGAACUUGUCGCAAGGCUGAAUGAGGCAGACAAAGCAGCUCAAGAAAAUGAAGCCGAAAAAGCCCCUCCAGCAGAGUCUACCACCGCUCCGCCUGCGCAAGCGCCAGAAUCUGCAGCAGCACCGGCACCGGCAUCAGACACUGUCUCCGAGAAACCUUCAGCAGCAGAAGCGACAGCGGCAGCAACGACAGGGCCUACAAGCGUUGAUGAGAAAGAAUCCCCUUCCGCGAAUACCGACACCGCACUUGCCAACUCCGCCUCCUAUGCCCUAAACCUGCCGCAUUCAGACGUCGACGCUGAGAUGGCCAAGCGUAAGGCCCGCGCCGAGAGAUUCGGCACCGGCACAGCUCCUGCGAACGGUGAAACAGGAGCAAGCAACACAGACUGUGAUUCACAGAAAGCCCUGGAGCGCGCGAGACGCUUUGGAACUGGACAGACUGCCAUGGGAAAGUUGGAUGAAGCCCUACCGGAAGAACGUGAGCGUGGUUCAAGGAAACGAGGCAGGACUGAAGAGAGCAAUGCUAUGGAUGAUCCAGGUCUGCGAAAGAGCUUUGGUGGUCGGGGAGGGCGAGGCCGUGGUGGAAGAUUCCGCGGAAGAGGCGGCCGGGAUAACUCACGGCGGAGAGUUGGAGAGAAGCCUUCUGGGGUGACGAAGCCCUCAGGGGCGUUCUCCACAGACGCGGACCGUGCUGCCGCAGAGGCGAGGAAGAAGAAGUUUGCAACCGUGUCGUGA